AUGUGUACAGGCCCGACCCAAUACCUGGGAACAGUACCUAACCAUGGUAUUGUUCCUCGGGUUCAAUUCCUCAACCAUAGUAACCGCCCCCGUCACACCGUCUCCCUCGCCCAAUCACAUACACUUCCACCGCCGUCUAUUUCUUUCUAUCUGCCUCUGUCUUUUGGAGACGAUCACUCUCCAGUUCCUUCCAUUCCCUACCCACCUCCAAACCACCGCCUCACUCUGAACUCGAUUCCGGUUGAUCAGAAUCAACGAAUUGCUAACCGACUGCUUUCCAUGGUUUUCUCCAACGCUCACUGUUACUCAACAUCUUCGUCAAUGGCGGUGUCGACUACAGAUGACGUUCGCUUUUCAGAUUCUACGCGCUCCAUCAUUCCACCGAUUCCCCCCACUGCUUGCUUUAAUUCACCAAAAAAAAACGAAGACGAGGAACAACGGUCGUGGUUGCUGAAGUCGGCUUCUUCUGAUUUCUUCAUAGAAAACCUACAAGACCCACCAACUUCUACAACCUUCUGCUGGUACUCCGAUGUGGACCGACAUGGCGACAUCAAAAUUGAUCAGGUUUGUCAUGUGUAUUCUGGAAAAUCGACACUUUCAGGAAGGUUGCUUCCGUUUUUUCUCAAUCCUCUCGAUCAGGGCUUCGGAGCCCCCGUUAAUCAGAAUCGAAAUCAACAUUGUUGUCGAUUCAAACUUCCAAUAUAUAUGUUGUCCACAUGGAAAUAAUAUAUGCUUUUUCAUGUUGAUGAUAAACCCAUGAAUUUGGGCCGACGUAACAUGAUCAUUGAAAGGGUUAAUCAGUAUGUUUUUUCCUCUCUUGGGGACCAAUUAUCAAUGAAAAGAGUCUUUUUCUUCAUCUUCCAUUGAGAUAAAUAUCCAUGAAGAAGGUAUGCCAAUAUUUUAUGUUUCUCUAUGUAUUGAUAUGGAUAUUUUUGUACAUGGCAGUAUAUGGUAGAUGAUAAACGAAAUAUUUAUUCAUUAACAUGCUGAUAAAGAAAAAUAAGUAAGUACACAUAUUCUCACAAUUUUCAUUUUAAGUGCCUAUCACCGAUUUCAUUUUAGGUUGGCUCCGCUUACAGCGGACUUGUGUAUGGAUUUUUGUAGGAUUUUCAUGUACAAAAUAUAAAACCUUAAUUAAGGGUUAAAUACAAGAAAUAGGAACUUAAUUUUGCCGAUUUGUAUAAAUUAUAGCAUCUUACUUUCAUUUCUUCCUAUGCAUUAUUAUAUGAGAGUGUUGCUUGAUUCUCUUCUGUCUCCCAACUGUUAGAUUAGAAAAAUAUGUCACAUAUUAUGACAUCAAAGCUGCUAUCAAGUAAGCAAUUUCUUUUCAUUUUAUGAUUUAUCUUGAAUUCUUGAUAGAUAAUGGCCAUAAAUUUGUUACAUAGACUUCUUUAAAGUUGUCUUUAUAUAUAUAUAUAUAUAUUUUUAUCUAGAAUGGUUAUUCAUAUAUUUAAGCAUAAAGGUUAUGUUCUUUUCCCUUAAAUCUGAACAUGAUCAUCAGUAUAAUAACAAAGUAAACACUAAACAUAUAGUACCUUACUUUUAUUUAUGAUUAAAUGUGACAAAUAAGGAUGGAACAGCUAAUGCAAUCACUUGGAAAUUACUUUUUCUUUAUAUGACAUUGCUAUAUUAUAUAUAAAUUUCAAAUUAUGAUGUAAUACUCGAGGGCAAUUUUGUAAAAAGUUAAGGACUUAAUAUAAAAUUUCGUUUUUCUUUUCUUUCUGUUUAUGAAAAGUAGUAAUACAAUAUUAAUUAUAUACAAGAGAAUCACAAUACGUGGAUUCUUAGUAUUUUUUUUUUCCAUUCUAAUGAUUUUUUUUGUCCUGAUUUAGAUCCUUUUGCUGGUGCUCAGGGCCUAAAGCCUAAACCAAAUUUCAUCUGCAAAUAUUAGUCUAUUAUUUACAGGGUAGCCGACAUUAUUUUUGUAUUUGUUAAGGUGGCUUUGUGUAAUUAUGCCCUAAAUAGUCUAGGGGCUACCCACAAAGAACAGAUGCAGUGUAUAGCAACAUACUUUUAUUUGUACAUUGAACAUCUAUUUUAUAGCUUUUGAUUUAGCAGAAGUUGUAGUGGCUGCUGGAGCUUCUUCAGGUGUGAUAAAACUUUGGGAUCUAGAAGUGACAAAAGGUAAAUUAAUUAAUUCGUUUAUAACUUAUGUGAACGCGAAUGUCAUUAAUUGCAAUCAGUUGUAUAACUAUUUAAGCUAUCAUGUG